AUGGCGGGUGUUAUAAGUCGCUGUUCUCAGAUUCCAAAAAACCAAUUAGGUUUUCUUGGUGCCCUUGUGAGCAAUCAGCAGCUCAGGAAUUUCGCAGAUGGUGCACCAGAAGGAAAGAAAUUCGGAGGUCCGCUGCAAGACCAGGACAGAAUAUUUACCAACUUGUAUGGCAGGCAUGACUGGAGAUUAAAGGGAUCACUGAAGAGAGGCGACUGGUUCAAAACAAAGGAAAUUCUUGGCAAAGGAUCCGACUGGAUCAUCAAUGAAAUAAAAGUAUCCGGCUUGAGAGGUCGAGGAGGCGCUGGAUUUCCUUCAGGAAUGAAGUGGUCAUUUAUGAACAAGCCUUCGGACGGCAGGCCCAAGUAUUUGGUGGUAAAUGCUGACGAAGGAGAGCCAGGAACAUGCAAGGACAGGGAAAUUAUGCGACAUGACCCGCAUAAGCUGGUUGAAGGGUGUUUGAUCGCUGGUCGCGCGAUGGGAGCUUGUGCUGCGUACAUUUACAUCAGAGGAGAAUUUUAUAAUGAAGCUUCGAACAUGCAAGUUGCUAUUGCUGAAGCUUACCAAGCAGGAUUGAUAGGAAAGAACGCCUGUGGUUCUGGUUAUGAUUUUGAUGUCUUCGUACAACGGGGAGCUGGUGCUUAUAUUUGUGGCGAAGAAACCGCUUUGAUUGAGUCGUUGGAAGGCAAGCAAGGCAAACCAAGAUUGAAGCCGCCUUUCCCAGCUGAUGUUGGUCUCUUUGGAUGUCCUACCACCGUGACUAACGUUGAAACUGUUGCAGUUGCACCUACUAUUUGCCGUCGUGGAGGAUCUUGGUUUGCUUCUUUUGGUCGCGCAAGAAAUCAUGGAACCAAGUUAUUUAAUAUUUCUGGUCAUGUUAACAAUCCUUGUACUGUAGAAGAAGAAAUGUCGGUUCCUCUGAAAGAAUUGAUUGAAAGGCAUGCUGGUGGUGUCAUUGGAGGAUGGGAUAAUUUGCUAGGAGUCAUUCCUGGUGGAUCAUCAACACCUAUUAUUCCUAAGAAUGUGUGUGAUACUGUUCUCAUGGACUUUGAUGACCUGGUCAGGGUGCAAAGCUCCUUUGGUACUGCAGCUGUUAUAGUAAUGAACAAACAAACUGAUGUGAUCAAGGCGAUUGCUCGGCUUAUCAGCUUCUACAAACAUGAGUCUUGUGGUCAAUGUACCCCUUGCCGUGAAGGAAUUUCCUGGAUGAACAAAAUAAUGGAUCGAUUUGUCCAAGGAAAUGCAGAGGUGCAUGAAAUUGACAUGUUAUGGGAACUCACAAAGCAAAUUGAAUUGCACACUAUUUGUGCUCUUGCUGAUGGUGCUGCUUGGCCAGUUCAAGGACUCAUUCGACACUUUAGACCUGUAAUUGAAGAGAGGAUGCUUAAACAUAAAGCGUCUGCUACUAAUUAA